CAGCUUCUUCUGUGUCAGUACAACAACCAGCAAAUCCAGUCGCCAGAGGUCAUGGCAGCACGCUACUGCCCACAACCUGCUCGAUUAUUCACCAUAGACGAAAUUGCACAAGGUUGCAACAAAGUCAAUCGCGAGACUAGUGUUGAUGCCAUCAUCGAACAUCCUCUUGGUGCGAUUGUCGAGUAUCCUCAAACUGGCUCUGCACCAGGUGAUGCAGUUGCUCACAUUUUCCACGUCAACCCCGAUCCUAAGUUAUUUAUCCACCCGAAGUCUAAUUUACAAUAUUCUCUUGGUGAUUCUCACAAUGGACGUCAAAAUGCAUGGUGUUUUCUACUCAAAGACCCUUUCGGCAAGUCUGUUCUUUGCUCAAAGCUGAGAACAUCAUGUGAGUAUAUUUUUCUG